AUGGACCCCAACGGUUACGCGAUGCAGCCUCCCCAGCAACACCCGGCCGGCUAUCCGAUGCCUACGCAGAGUCCACAACAAUUCCCUUACUACCCUAAUGCCAUGCCGUCCUUCCCUCAGCCGAAGAACCAGCAGCAGUUUGCGGGCAUGCCGAUGCAGCCCGUCGGUCCCGGUGGUGCCAUGAUGCCCGCUGGUUACCCCCAACAAUCUCCCGGACAAGACGCUAACGGGAAAACGCGAUCAUCCGCAGCAGGUCCCCACGCCAACUUCUCUGCGCCUUUCUCCCAACCUCCUAUCCCGGCUUCCAUGAACCAGUUCCUCCCUCCCCAGUCGGCUCCCACCACUGCUGCGAAUCUCCCGACGACCACCGCAGCAUCAUUUCCCCCAAAUAUGACCUCUAUUCCUGCCAACAACAUGCUCCCAGCCCAGUCGCAACAACAACAACAACAAACACAACCACACCAACAGCAAAGAGCUAUGUCUCAGUCCUCCACAACACAGGGAGCCGUCCCACCGGCGGCGCAAUCCCCCGCUGCAUCACGAGAGAAAGCACGCGUUUCCGUCCUCCUCGAUAUCAACUCGAUGCUCCUGCAGGAAGUGGUCAAUCUCCAAGCCGCCGGCAAGGCAGGCGGUCCACCUCCGCAACCAGGGUCGCAGGACUCCAACAACCCGUCCCCGUCAUCGGAUCAGGCCUCGGACGCCGCGAAAGGACCCACGCAGAAGCCGAGUCCGGAAUAUGUCGAUUGUAUGCGUCGGUUACAGGCGAACUUGGCUUAUCUGGCCAACAUUGCCGACCGCGCAAAGAAGUCUGGCGGCGUUCCUCCGCAAGCCCCGGCCAUUAUGACUCCACCGCCCCAUAUGCAGUCCAUGAAUGACAUCUAUACUAAGCUCAGUGAGCUAUUCCCUCGUUCGGCCCAAGGGGGAACACCCCAGCCCGGCUCCCAAGGCGUUCAAGGCAAUGGCAACCCUAGUCCCUCCCCGGCCUCGGAGUCCGUGAUUUGA